AUGAGUGACUACGGCGGCGAGGGCGCGCCUCCGCCGGGGCAGCAACCUUCCAUGUGCCAGGACGCCGUUGAAAGGAUGCUCGACGGCUUAGCUGUCGUUGGGCGCGUCUUUCGCGGGGCGUACACGACGAGCGCGAGCUGCGUGCGCCGCGUUUCGUACUCCGUCAAAGAGACUGUGGUUCAGAACUGGGAUCGCUGUACUGGCAAGUGGGACACUGAAGCCAGCCGACCGAACCGACCGCGCGAAGGCGUCGUGUACUUCAGCGGCGGCGAGUCAGAUGACGCAGACAGCACCAGCCAGGAGACCGACGACAGUGCGUGA